GCGGGCCCGGGAGGCGCAGGCCCCCACGGGCGGGCGGGCAUCGGAGCAGAGCGGCCGAGGUCGCAGCACGGCAUGGACGAGGUGGCGGCUGCCUGGUGCCAGGAGCCCGCCGCGCUCUCCGACAGCCUGAUCCGGGGCCUCAGCUCCCCCGCAA